UACUUUGAGUAGGUAACAUUUAUUAAUUAAAUUUACUAUAUUUUGUUAUUAAUAUUAUAAAAUGCAAUUAAAACGUAAAAAGCGUCGAUGUAUCUGUGAAAAGGAAAAACUAUUGAAACAAAUUACUGGUGACCCGCCAUAUUUAGAAUGUACGGAAAUUAAUAAAAUUCGCUUGGGUCUUUUUACUGAAAGAAACUCGGAUGGUACCGCUCAUUUAGUUCUUAGAGGAAAUGACAUUUAUAGCAGGUACCAGAGGCGUCUUGGCGAUGUUGACAUUCAGGCUCUUAUACUAUACAUACGAGAGUCACCGAAGCGAGUAACACGUCUAGAUUUAUCAUACAACCAAAUAACCGACAAAGGUUUCUUUAAACUACUAAAAAAAAUACUUAUCAAGGGCAGAUCCAGCGUAAUUAACUUAAAUAUAAUGAAUAAUAAUUUAACAGAGAAGUCCAUUUUGAAUUUGUCAAAAUACGCUGAUUAUUUAAAACUAAAAUAUUUAAGAUUGAAUGGAAACGACUUUGGCGAAAAUGGCAGCCAAUAUUUUGCCGAUUUCUUAGUGAAAAAUAAAACCGUUGAAUUUUGUGAUAUUGGUCAAACGUCGCUAACUUUAACAGGUAUAGCACAUAUUGUUACAGCAUUGAGAAUAGACCAUGGUGCGAAUAACACAGUUAAAGUUCUUGAUUUAAGCAGACUUGUACCGCUCUCCAAUCGAUAUUCAUAUGAAACGAAAUGUAAACCUAUUUGCAAAGCCUUAGGCAUAAAAGUGACAGCAACUGUAUUCACCGCGGCAGCGUCCCAAGCUGUGGCCCAAAAGGCUGGAUUCCAAGACAUUUUUACCAUCACCUAUGAAGAUUUGGCGGGAAAGGGGUUUGUUUUUCCAGGCAUUGAAGAAGAUACUAAACACUCUAAGUUAAUGGCACUUGUAAUUCUCUAAAAAUAAUUUUCGUGUUUGAGAUUUAACAAUAUUGUUGACGGUA